UACAUGUAUAUAGAAGCGUCUAAUAAAAGGCGUCACGAUAGUGCAGUGAUUGAACGACUUGUGCAAGUAAACAGUGACAGCUGUCUGUUAUUUUACUAUCAUAUGAUUGGUCAUUAUGUUGGUACGYUAAACGUCUACAUUGAYAAUUCAAAAAUCUACAGCAAAACCGGAAAAACUGGAUUUUCCUGGAAUAGAGCUGAARUUCCUCUCAAUGGCAUCACAGGAAAUCGGAAAAUUGCUUUCGAAGGYAUUGUGGGUARAGGUUUCCAAGGUGACAUAGCUAUUGAUGACGUGUCUGUUGGGAAGUGCUCUGACAAAGUGACUCCUGCACCUCCAUUGCCAUCAACCCAAGGGACAACCACCAAAACUCCAACAACAAGGCCAACACAACCAUCAACAACAAAAACCCCUACAACAACAACCAUAGAAGUAACAACGRCGGCACCCACAACCCCUGGAACCCUACCUCCUGCAGGUCCGUGCGGUGUUCGUCCUGACACAAGGAUAGUGGGGGGUACAAACGCCAAGCAAGGCGAUUGGCCAUGGCAAGCUCAGCUAAGAAACACGAAGAACUAUCCAUUCUGCGGAGGAACCUUGAUUCAUCCUCAGUGGGUCGUAACAGCUACACAUUGCUUGGUCAAGAAAGUUGCAAACAAUGAGAAGAUUCACGUUAGGUUUGGAGCUCAUCAUCGCACAAGACCUAAUAAUAACGUACAGGAUAUCAAGGUCGUCAAAAUCAUUCUUCAUCCAAGCUACCAUAAACCAAUCAAAUACGCUUAUGAUGUUGCAUUAGUUAAACUAGAAAAACCGGUUAUCCUCAACAAAUUCGUCAAUCUUGCCUGUUUACCAGAAGGCCAGUCAGAYCCUGUAGAGGGCAAGAGUUGCUGGAUAACCGGCUUUGGUGCAAUAUCUCCAAGUGGAUGGCUUCCAAACUACUURAAGCAAGCUUCUGUCCCUAUCGUUGGUAACAAACGCUGCCUGAAAGCAUAUCCCAAAAAGCUUCACGAGUCAAUGAUCUGCGGGGGGUACGAUGAAGGGGGCAUAGAUUCAUGUCAGGGUGAUUCAGGUGGUCCGCUGGUCUGUGAUACCGCAGGACGAUACUAUUUGUAUGGGGUAACGAGUUGGGGUGUUGGGUGUGGUUCGAGGGGUAACUACGGUGUGUACUCUAGGGUUACGCAUUGGUUAAAUUGGUUGAAGGCAGAAAUUGCUAAAAAUUAAAACUCUAUGAAAAAUAUUGACAUGUAGUCAAAUAAAAAGGUUAU